UCAAAGGCACCACUGACUAAGAGAGGACGCUACUUCUAGAAAUGACCAGAGAAUAACAACACAGGGCGGUACAACUACAACAAUUAGUCAAAGAAGAGUUUAAAGAGUGGAUGAACAGGCAGUUGUUCAGCUAUGUCUGAGACCAUGUCAUCUCAGAGGAAGCCCUCGGUUAACAAGAAUAUAAAGAAGCUGCGUACACUGAGCGUUGUGUGCAACCUGGCACGGAGCUGGCAACAGUGGAUAUGUGAGAACGAAGAAAAGCAGGCUAAUGAACCCACAGGAUGGGCCCCAGACAGCUAUGACAAGCCCCAAACUGAAAAGAAAGAACCAAAGAAACCUGUAUCUACUGAGAAGAAGACAAAAAAAUCUCAGGACAAUGAGCAUGGACCAGAGGAUUCCCGCAUUAAGACCAAACAGGUGGUGAAAACAGUGACACGAGAUGUCCAGGAGAAGAGCGCAGGCAUUGAGUUCCUGACCAACCGCAUUUGUAAAGAUCCAAAGGCAGAAGAGCUGGACAGGAUGCUGAAAAAUAAGAGUUCACCCACCCUGCGCAGAAAAUGCUCCAACAUGGUGUCAGAGCUGACACAGAGUUGGAAGACAGUAGAAAAUGGACGGAAGAGAGUGGGGGAGUCCAGCGAGGGCAGUGGAAUCUCUGAGGCCAAGGAGAGAGCUCUGGAGCUGGACAUUUCAGAGAAUCAGGAAAAUGAUGAAGAGAAUGAAACAUCACUCAGGCUCAAGAGACCAUCAUCACUUGGGGCCAAGAAGGAAGUGGAGGAUGCCAACAAAAUAAACGCCCGCUCCAACAAGUACAGCGCUGUGGGGAACCUCAAGAGCCGCUGGCAAAACUGGGCAUCAGAGCACAGCACCAGCCAAAAACUGAACCCCUUCAGUGAUGAUUUUGACUAUGAGUUCUCCAUGUCCUCGCGACUGCGGAAGGGAGAGGAGGGCUAUGGCAGGCCUAAGGAGGGCAGCAAGACGGCAGAGAGAGCCAAACGGGCUGAGGCACACAUCCAUCGAGAGAUUGAGCACCUGUGCUUUAUCAUAAGUACCAUGGCUCACCCUGACCCAGAUGGCUGCACCCGGGUCACCUUUGGUGAGCUGUUUGACAGAUAUGUGAGGAUUUCAGACAAGGUAGUGGGCAUCCUGAUGAGGGCCAGGAAGCACGGCAAGGUGGACUUUGAGGGGGAGAUGUUGUGGCAGCGUCAGGAUGAUGACGUUAUCAUUACACUGCUUGCGUGACACAAAUCAUUUUAUAACAUAAUGUACUCUAACAACAAAAGGAGCACUGACUUUGCUGCUAUACUAUAGAAUGGAAGAAGAAUAAGUAGAUAAUAAUGGUAGGAAUGUAGCACCGAUGCUAUUGGUAAAUUAUUUUAUUGCUGGAUUUUAGAUUCUAAGUUUCUCAAGACUGAUGAACUGAUGUUUUUAUUUUGAGACAACUGAGUUGAUCUGUAACGUGUGUGCAUGUUUGUAUUCGCUAGAAAACAGACUGCAGUCCAGUUCUGUUUUCGGUAUGCCCUGGCUGAUCGCCACGGAUGACUCAAAAGUGCUACAGUAUGUCACACAAAUCGCAGGUUGCAGGAGAGCAGAUUUUUCAAUCAUACUGUAACAUUGCUUGAAAAGUCGUAUAAUCCUGGUAACCUGCUAAUAUGUUAAAAUAUCAAGCAUGCUAAAUAGUGAGCACAAGAAAGUCAUAAAAAUUACAUCAGCUGUCAUGUAGGGAAAACAUAUUCAAAUAUGGCAAAUCAGAUGACCCCCCCCCCCCCCCCCCCAUUAUAUUCAAUAUUAACUUUUUUGCUCCUGUUUACGUUUGUAAAAUACUUUUAGUUUUGAUAUUCUGAAGUGGAAAUAGCAUCAGAAUGAAAUUCCUCCUGUCAAAAUUUGGCUUCUACAGUCAUGUUGAUUCCAUCCCUCAAGCAUGCAAGGUGUCACCUAACUGGAACUCUGCUUAAGAUUCCUCCAAAUGACUAUGGAGAGAAAUUUAAAGGCAUGUUGAAAGCAGCACUGGAACACAGAAUAGUCUCUUUCAAUAAGUCACAUACAAUACAUCACACUUACAGUACGGUACAUGGAAUUAUAUUUAAUAUUAAGAUUGAAUGUAUUUUUUUUUUAUGAUGUCACACAGUCUUAUGCUCAUCUUAGUUCAGAUAUGGUUCACUGAUCUAAUGAACAGGUUUCAUUUGAAAUAAAUGUGCAUCAUUGAA